AUGCGUUACACCACUCUCACCGUGCUUGCCAUUGCCCUCCUCACGGGCAAUGCCUUGACUGCUCCCGCUCCUCAGGGCGGUGCUGGUGCCAUCGGAGGUGGUAACGGCGGAGGUGCCGGCAAUGGUGCCGGAGCCGGAGCUGGAGGCAACACCGGCAACACCGGCAACACUGGCAACACUGGCAACACUGGCAACAACAACGCCGGCAACAACAACCAGCAGCCUCCUCCUCCUCGUCCCACCAACACCAACAACAACCCUAAUAAUGCCAACCCCAACAACGCAAACAACGGAAACGGCGCGAACGCCGGGAACAAUGCGAACAACGGCAAUGCCAACAAUGCCGGCAACACCAACAAUGCCAACAACGGCAACGCUAAUAAUGUGAACAACGGAGCUGCGGCUGCCAACGGCAAUGCGGCUGGCAACAACGCAAAUACCGCCAACACCGGCAACAACGCAGGCAACGGCAACUUUGCCAGAGCCGUCGCCCCCAACCAGCAGCCUCCCCCUCCUCCGGCGAACAACAACCAGCCUCCUCCUCCUAAGCCCAACAACCGCAGAGCCGUCAACCCUCAAGCUGCUCCUCCGCCUCCCCCCAAGGACAACAACACUCCUCCUCCUAAGCCUAACGGUGCCCGCGCUAUCAACCCCAACCAGCAGCCUCCUCCUCCUCCUAAGCCCAACAACCGCCGGGCAGUGAACCCUCAAGCGGCUCCUCCUCCUCCUCCCAAGGAGAACACCCCUCCUCCCCCGAAGCCCAAUGGAGCGAGAGCCAUCAACCCCAACCAGCAGCCUCCCCCUCCUCCCGCCAACAACGAGCAGCCUCCUCCCAAGCCCAACAACCGCAGAGCCGUCAACCCGCAGGCCGCCCCUCCCCCUCCCCCCAAGGACAACAACACUCCUCCUCCUCCUAAGCCUAACGGUGCCCGCGCUAUCAACCCUAACCAGCAGGCUCAGGCUCCUCCUCCUCCCCCGGCCAACGACAACACCCCUCCUCCUACCAAGCCUAACAACAACGCCAGAGCCGUCAACCCCAACCAGCAGGCUCAGGCUCCCCCCCCUCCCCCGGCCAACGACAACACUCCUCCUCCUCCCAAGCCUAACAACGCUCGGGCUGUCGACCCCAACCAGAGACCCCCUCCUCCUCCUCCUGCCACCAACCAGCAGGCUCCUCCCCCUGCUAUCUAAAGCGUAGCCUGUGAAAAGGCCCGCCGAUGAUAGUGACUGGUAGUCUCCCAGCAGAUCAGAGAAACUAGUUGGGAACCAUUUGGAAUGGUAAUUUGUCAGCACUUUGGAAGAAGAAGGAUUUGGUACUGGGUUGGUGCGAAUGUAUAGAUGGCCAAGCUUAAUGAAUGAUGUGUAGCUCAAAUCUGGUUUGCUUUGAUUGUGGAUGAGUAUUCAGAAGUAUGGCAAAUGCAAC